AUGCUUUUUCGUCUGCUAUUAAUCAUUUGCCUUUGGCUGGGAUCUACCUGUGGUGGCUAUGUGGAGCAUCCGAAUUUCUGCAUCGAAACGGAACCUUUGCUCUUGGCCGACAUAGGUCAACAUGUGGUUAUACCCAGUGAGAAGUCUUUAAACUGUCAAAUUAUAGCCACCACUUUGACAUCGAAUGAAAAGGCGAGUUUCAUUGAUACCAUGUGUGCAGAUCAUGGCUCAUUGACGGUGAAACAGGACAAUCAUCAUUAUUUAAGGCUCCGCAAUGGAGAACUCAGUGGGCGUGGCAGUCAAGAAGAUAUAUGCGAAAAUCAAGCGAAAUCUGUUCUUGCCUGGGUUCCCUAUCAAAUGGUCUUGGAGCACUAUGCCCGCGAACUGAAUCCCAAGGAGCGUCUCACCUACAUAGCCAAGGCCACCAAUGUGGAGAGGGAAAAAACGGAAUUGUGUCAUUUUAGGCACACAGAUUUGGUCAAUAAAGUGGUCGAUGGUCUCUUUACAUGUGUGGUCAUGAUUUUUGGUGAUAAUUUUUAUGGCGUGGAGGAUAAUAUCAAUGUACUGGUGGAAUUGGAGCCACUGAUGUAUCAACUGAGGAACAUCACCUAUAUGCCUUGGCGUAAUACCACCAAUAGCUAUAAAAUGAAUCUGGGCAGUAGUGUCCUCAAGAAUCCCGGUCAUGAACGUAAACCCAUUUAUGGCAGCAUCAAUUAUUCCUUUGUGGAGAAGUUACGCCUGAAUGUGAGCAGCAUCUAUCAGGUGGAUGAGACUCUGGAAAAGCUCCCAUUGCUCCUGGAACAUCGUGGUUCAGUGCUGGAACUGGAUGCAAAUGGCAUUGGUGGUCUACAGGUGGACGAAAAGGCCUAUUUUGGACGCAGUAUGGAUCCCUUGAGUGAGGUCAGAGUUCAGGUCAUCGGCCAGUGGGUGGAUCAGUAUCGUGAGUUCAGUGCGGAUAUCUAUGAAUAUUAUGGACAUGGAUUAAGACGCUAUAAACAGGCACUCAGUCAGGCCAAACUUACCCUAGUGCGCGUAGAUAAUACAGAGCCCGUGUUUGAGGCUCCCGAAUCGAGUAACCUGGCCAAAGCAUCGCUCUUCCGGGAACCCAGUGGUUCUAGUCACUCCAAAUUGAUGGUAAAUGGUUCCCACUCCAAUUUUACAGAAUGGGAGCAAGCCGUGGAUGAUGAUUCUGCAGAGGAAUCGUCUGGUUUCUAUGGCUGGUUUGUGGUCACCUGUCUAUUGGUGGCUCUGGCCAUCAUCCUAAGUGUUUUCGCCAUCGUCCGCUCCCAAAGCAGACGACUCCAGGAGAGGCAAAAAUAUGAAGUAGCCAAUCAAAAUGCCCAACAGCCUUAAUAAUAAUAACAAAACUUGAAUUUAUAUUUUUCUACAUAUAUGUAUGUAUAUCCUCUUUAUUUGCAGUUAAUAAAACAGAAAACUCGAUAAA